AUGUGCUCUGUUCCUUUAGGUGGUCCUCUGCUCUAUGAAAACAUCACAUUCGUCUACAACUCAGAGCAGCUGAAUGGGACUCAGCGGGUUCUCCUGGAUAAUGUCCUGUCGGAAGAACAGUGCCGGGAGCUCCACAGUGUGGCCACUGGAAUCAUGCUUGUUGGUGAUGGAUACAGAGGAAAAACUUCACCCCAUACACCCAAUGAAAAGUUUGAAGGUGCAACUGUCCUGAAAGCACUCAAAUCUGGUUAUGAAGGUCGAGUCCCACUGAAGAGCGCUCGUCUGUUUUAUGACAUCAGUGAAAAGGCUCGAAGGAUUGUAGAAUCUUAUUUUAUGCUGAACUCAACUCUGUAUUUUUCCUAUACACACAUGGUCUGCCGAACAGCCCUGUCUGGUCAGCAGGAUAGAAGAAAUGACCUCAGUCAUCCCAUCCACGCUGACAACUGUUUGUUGGAUCCAGAGGCCAACGAAUGCUGGAAAGAGCCUCCUGCUUACACAUUUCGAGACUAUAGUGCUCUCUUAUACAUGAAUGAUGACUUUGAAGGAGGAGAAUUCAUAUUCACCGAGAUGGAUGCUAAGACUGUGACUGCUUCUAUAAAACCAAAAUGUGGGCGCAUGAUCAGCUUCUCAUCUGGAGGAGAGAACCCUCAUGGGGUGAAGGCAGUCACCAAGGGAAAGAGGUGUGCUGUGGCUCUGUGGUUCACCUUGGACCCACUUUAUAGAGAAUUGGAGCGAAUACAGGCUGAUGAAGUGAUUGCAAUCCUGGAUCAAGAACAGCAAGGGAAGCAUGAACUGAAUAUCAACCCUAAAGAUGAGCUAUAAAAAUGAGAAAGAAUGUUCUAUCAAAUAUUUAUUUAAAUUGUUAAUCUUAUGAGAAUCUUUUUAUUUUUGUACAGAGCCAUGGUAUAAAUUAACAGGUUAAUGUCAGUCAUCAGAUCUCCCUUCUGUUCCUAAGGAUGCUUGUGUUGCCUUGCUUAAUCUAUCUUUCUUGUUUUGGGUUCUCUCUCUCUCUCACUCUCUCUCUCUCUCUGUCCUCUCUCUCUUCUCAAAGACAUGGUCUAUACCAUGUUGUCUAGGAUAGAGGGCAGUGGUGUGAUCAUAGCACACUGGAGCCUCAAACUCUUAGGCUCAAGCGAUCCUUCAAGCCUCCCAAGGAGCUGGGACCACAGGCACAUGCCACCACGCCCAGCUGUCUUUCCUGGUUUUUCAUCAUUUCAUGUAUCUAUCAAAGCCCAGUUCACCUCCUUACACACACAUACACACACACACACACAAUUAAUUUGUUGCAAAUCCAAAAGCUCGGAGAGAAUAAGCUUGUUGGUGGUGAAACUAUAACUCUCAUGUGUGCUCCAGUUUUAAAAUUAACAUGUGCCUGGUCUCUGAAACCCUUUCUUGGUCUGUGCCUUUCAGCCACGUCCUCUUAGGUGCUAACGGCCAUGAGCUCUGACUUUCCAAAGUGAGCUCCACUUUGGGUCUGAGGACCCCCUGGCAGAGUCCGCGCUGCCUCAGGUAUCAUGGGCGUAAUGCUCACCCAGGCUCCGGGAGAUCUCAUGGAUGAUUACUGUAUGAGACAGAGGGGCCUCCAGGCUUUCCAGGGCCUUGGUGGAAUUUUUGGCUCUGGUGUUUUCACCAGACAAUAAACUUACACUGGAAGCUUCGAUUCACCCUCCACAGUACUCCAAAAAGAACUGUCCUAUAAGUUGUACACUUUAAAAGGUCAUGUAGAUUUUGAAGUAGAAUGACUUUUCACCCUGGUGACUUUGGAAGAAAAUCUUGAAUACUGCCUGCAUCCGGGCACCAUGGCCAGGUUGCCUACGAGUGGGGUCCACUGAUGAAAAGAGGUUUUUUGUACUUACAUAAGAAAAAUAAAUUUCUGAUUGAUUUUAACCGUCAUCUGCUUAUAUUUUGGGGCCCCUCCUCAUUGCUGCUAUCCAGCACACAGAUUUGUGCUUGUGCCUUAUUUGUUUAAUAAAGGGAGCCUCAUUUUAA